AUGAGUGUUGUUCGCCGAACUGACCUAAUUUUUGGACAAAUUCCAGUGCAAAGUCUUUGUUUUGGAACGGCGAUCUACAGCACCUCCCAUGCCUCGUCAUUCCAGUUCAGUCGUGUGCUGUCAUUUUUGCCACUCCUUCUUAACUUGCUGUUCAGCCGAUACUUGAUUUUAUUUGUAGCUCUAAAACGAAACCUGGAGAAGGAUGUGGAAGGGGACACGUCAGGAGACUACAAGCGAGUUCUGAUUGCUCUUCUUCAGGGCCAACGCGAAGAUAAAUCAGCGGAUGUGUCCGCUGAUUGCCAGGCACUUUACGCCGCUGGCGAAGGAAAGACUGGAACCGACGAAUCGGCCAUGGACCACGAUCUUGUCAGAGCCAUCCACAAGGAGACCUCCGGAAACUUCAGGGACGCCCUCGAAACCAUUGUGAGAACUGCCCUGAACAAAUCUGAGUGCAUCGCUGAGAUGCUUCUCGGAAGCAUGAAGGGUCUCGGCACGCGGGAUGACGAUCUCAUCCGCUUGGUCUUGGCGUACUCUGAGGACAACUUGGAAGACGUUAAGCGAGCAUUUGCCGCGAAGAAUGGAAAAACCCUGGGCGAAUACAUUCGUGGAGAGACGUCAGGGGACUAUAAGAAGUUCUUACUCGCAAUUGUCGGAAAGUAA